CGGGAGGCCUCCGCUCUGGGGCCGGCGCUGGAACCGGACCCGACCCGACCCGACCCGACCCAGGAGCCGGGAGCGGGGCCCCUGGCUCCGCCUGGACUGCGGGGCGAUGUGAGUCCGGGGCGCGCCGGGCCCGGGCCGCCCCCUCCUCCUCUUCCUCUCCGCCCUCGGGGAGCUGCCCUUGGCCUUGAGUGGUGGAGGAGCCGGGCCUGGCUCGGAGACCGGAGGGAGGAAGGACCCGCCCCCGUCCUUGCUGGCAUCCCUGAGGGCCGGGCCCGGGGAGGACACCCCCUACCCCGCCCUCACCCCGGGAUCUCCCAGUCAGGCCGGGCCUGAGCGGCCUCAGGCGUCCCCGGGCCGGCCUUCUCCAUUCCUCAGGUGAACUCUGGGUCUGUCCCAGAUGGAGCCUGAGUGACUUCUCUGCAAAAUGGCUACCAUGAUGCCCCACUGAGGAUUGUGGGGAUAAAGUGGGAGUCCUCUCCCAUCCCCUUCAUGUGGUCAGCUCCCCAAUGGCCUGGGUGAGGGCUGACCAGCUGUUUUGACAUCAUGGGAAGCUGCCUCGGCUGCCUCUACAGAGACAGUGUACCAAACAACCAUCCUACGAAAUUCAAGGUAAUAAAUGUGGAUGAUGAGGGGAUGGAGCUGGGCUCUGGGGUGAUGGAGCUGACCCAGAGGGAGCUGGUGCUGCACCUCCACAGGCGUGAUGCUGUGCGGUGGCCCUACCUUUGCCUGCGGCGAUAUGGCUUCGACUCCAACCUCUUCUCUUUUGAGAGCGGCCGACGCUGCCAGACCGGACAGGGCAUCUUUGCAUUCAAGUGCUCUCGGGCUGAGGAGCUCUUCAACCUCCUGCAGGAUCUCAUGCAGUGCAACAGCAUCAGUGUGAUGGAAGAGCCGGUCAUUGUUACCCGAAGCAGCCACUCAGCCGAAAUGGGCCUGCCCCAGACCCCCCAUGCUGCCAAUGCUCUAGGCUACACUGUGUCUGGCUUCUCCAAUGGCUUCCCCAGCUUCCCUGGGGAUGGCCCGCCAUACUCCACCCCUCGCCCCACCUCUAUGAGCAGCUUGCGACACUCUUCCCUUGGAGAGGAGUCUACUCAUGCCCUUAUUGCCCCCGAGGAGCAGUCCCACACCUAUGUCAACACACCUGGAAAUGAGGAAGACAGAAGGGGCCGGCGAUGCCUGCAGCCCUUGCCUGAAGGUCGGGUAGGCUUCCCUUCGAGGGCUCGAAGCUGUGUCCUAGACAGCCGAGACCCCAAAGUGUUCCUGCAGCCAGGUCAGGUGAAGUUUGUCCUGGACCCGAGCUCCACCCUCCGUCAUGUGGUGAAAUGUCAGGGUUACUGUGGCAGCCCUGGGCCAGAAUGUGGGGGUCCCCUGUGUUUGGGCCAGCAGGGUGGUCCAGCCCACAACAACAACAAUGAAUGCCCAGCUGAGUGUCUGGCCCAGCCCAAGUGUACAUAUGAGAACGUUACUGGCGGGGGGCUGCCCCGUGGUGGGAACUGGAGACUGAGCCAGGAGGAGCUGAGCUGGAAUGGCUUCUCACAGCGGCGGGCAGCUCUGCUGCACUAUGAGAACCUGCCCUCACUGCCCCCUGUGUGGGAGAGCCAGGCCCAACAGCUAGGAGAUGAGGAUGAUGGGGACUCCAGGGAUGGGCUGACCCCUUCCUCUAAUGGCUACCCUGAUGGUGGUGAUGAGGAUGAGACCCCACUCCAGAACUACAUAAAUGCUCGGGCUGCCCCCCGAAGUCACAUCAACUUCCCGGUCCCACUGUCCCGCCGCCGGGGAUCUCCCCGAGUAUUCAACUUUGACUUCCGCCGGCCAGGUCCAGAACCACCACGACAGCUGAACUACAUUCAGGUGGAACUGAAGGGCUGGGCUGGGGACCGCCCCAAGGAACACCAGAGCCCCCCAGCUCCUCGUCCUGCAGUGCCCUCUGCCCAUCCUACCCGUCGGUCAGAUUCCUAUGCUGUGAUUGACCUUAAAAAGACGGCAGCAAUGUCCAGCCUGCAAAGGGCACUGCCCCGAGAUGAUGGCACUUCCCGGAAAACCCGCCACAACAGUACUGACCUGCCGCUGUAGGGAGAGGCCCACUCGUCAUGACCCAGAGUGUGCCUUCCUAUGGUCCUCCUCUUCCUCUUCAGCCUACAUCUAAGGAGAUUUCAGCCAUUGGUUUCCCCUCCUGGUUCCUUGAUCCAUUUUCCUUAACUCUCCUCUCUAGAGGGUUCGCUGCUGCUUUGCUGGAGGGUACUGGGGCAGGAAGCAUCAUGCCCUGAUGCAUGCUGGGGUUCACCAAGAUACUUAUUACUGGGCUUGGGGUUUCCUGGAGCCAGCCUUCUGGGAAGAGGGCACUUGGGAGAGGAGGGAGCAAAGCUGUGAACUGUGAAAAGAGAUCAUUUGUGAUCACAUUUGAAGCUACUCAAUUAAGUGUCUGUCUGUCUGUCUGUCUGUCUUUUUUUUUUGUGUUGCAGUUUGGAAACAUUUUGUACUUUGAUUUAUUUA